CGCAUAUAUGCCGUAAGCAAUGGAGGAUGCGAAAGAGGAAAAGACCUUCAGAGGGUUUUCAGAAAGACUUACCCUGGGAAUAACUCGGGUUCUGGAGAGCCUCCCUGGUGUCCUUGAUGUACGAUUCGUUGAGAGAGAACCUGCAGAGAAGAGAUACCUCCUCUCAUGGGAGCAGAAAAACAACUGUGUUUUGCCAGAGGAUCUGAGAGACUUCUACUUGACAACAGAUGGCUUCACUCUUACCUGGAAUUCCAAACUAGAAACUGAACCAGUUCCUGUUGGUUGUAUGGUGAUUAACAGUGUGGCUAAACUCCGUCUUCUGGCCCAGUCGAACAUCUACUCCCUUCCCAGUGCCCCCACAUUAGCUGACCUUGACUUUGAGGAUGCAUUAGAAGGGUCAGAGGGAUAUAAAGAACCCCACUUUGACUCCCGUAGCCGUAUAUUUGAGCUUGACCCCUGUGGUGGAAAUGGUAGAGUCUGCCUGGUGUACACAGACUGCACUCCCGGUGCUGUGGCCCAACAGAGUGAAAUAUGGUUCCUGGACCGGUCGCUGUACUGGCACUUACUUACCUCCUCCUUUACUGCAUACUAUAGGCUUAUGAUAACACAUCUAGGCCUGCCCGAGUGGCAAUACAACUUCACCCCAUACGGGCCCAGCCCACAGGCCAAGCAAUGGGCGUCUCUUUAUCAACCCCUUACUUUCUACGGUGACCCUCAUCUUGAUUCAGCUGGUGAACUGUUCUUGAACAAGCUGGACCCAGACAAGGCUUUCCGGGGCAAAGCCAAGCUGCCCGCUUCCAAGAAAAAGCAGCCAUCCCAGGUCCCAGCUAGUGGAGACGUGUCUGCGAAAGGGCAAGGCGCCACAGGCAGACAGACUGUAAACAGACGAUGACACAGGGCAACACGGCUUGCAACCUGGACUGUUCUACACUGUCAUGCUCAGCAACUGUCCAGUUAUCAUGGGAAAUAUUAUCCACGUGCUUGAGCACUGAGGUCAGGCUUAUGUGAAAAGAGAUGCAGCAUGUUAUGUCAGUGUCCAGGCUCAUGCAAAUCAUAAGUACUCUCCUUCUUUUGUAAAGAUUUGAGACUACAUAUUUUAUUUUUACAAGAUUCCAAUGUUCAUCCAUAUCCUGUGUCUAUAGUAGAUACUUCCCUGACUAAAAUUGUUGUCAGUUUGUGCGCCAUUGUUUUAAAGCAUUUACAAACUCAUUUAAAAUUACUUUUACUCUUGUAUGCUGAGAAUCUUUUACGUCGAUCCAUCUUUGUUAUAUACAUGGACAAGUAGGCCCUCUAGGCCCUCCAUAUCUCCUCUAGGCCCUCCAUAUCUCACUGAGCAUAGUUGAGGCCCCUCUUGCCAGUUUGUGAACUUUGGCCUUCUGUUCAGAGAAGACCAGGAAAAUAAGCAGAGGCCAUAAGCCCAUGGGCAGCUCCAUAGUCAUCCGUGUGUUUUAACAGGCGGAGGCUGAUUUCAUCUCUGUGCAUAACCAAAGCGGCUUGUUUAGGACUGGACUGGAUAUUCUCCUGGUCUUUUCUGGUCCCAGUGCCUAGGCUACCUGAUGUGUUAAUGAGUCUGAGCACACUCUGAUCCUCCUUCUGGGCUCUAGUUCUCUGUCAGUUUGAGCAGGUUGGAAAAGUUCUAUAAAUACACUAUAGAUGAAAGCCCCAGCAACUCCACCUACUAAUGGGGCCACAACAGGAACCUAGCACUAACCACUGCCUGCCCUGGAAAAGGAAAAGAAAAGAGCAAUGAAAUAUAUCUACAUCCCCUUUAGGAUUGUGUCGUUUCCAAAUUCCCAAUUUUCUGGCUUUAAAGUGAUACAUUCAAACAUAAAAUAAAGAUGCAGACUCAAGAAUUUGUUGAAGAGAA